AUGCAUUCAGAUAUCGAUGAUUGUGAACCCGACCCUUGUCUGAAUGGAGGAACGUGUUCUGAUGGCGUCGAUAGCUACACUUGCACAUGUGCACCAGGGUACACAGAUAGUCGCUGUUCCUCUGAUGUGGAUGAGUGUUUAGAAACUCCAUGUUCAGAUACCGCAACCUGUGUCAAUCAGCCUGGUGGUUAUAGCUGUGUGUGCCCUGCUGGAUAUCUCUGGAAUGGAACAUCUUGUGACGAUAUGGACGAGUGUGAACAGGAGAGCUCGGUCUGUCCAUCCACGUCGCCUUGUCAGAAUACGAUGGGGAGCUAUACUUGUAUCUGCACUGAAGGCUAUGGAUGGAAUGGGACUCGGUGUACAGAUGUAGAUGAGUGCCAGAGUUCUGAGCCAGUGUGCCCGUCAUUGGCUUCUUGUACCAACAUUCAGGGCUCGUUCAGAUGCCAUUGUCAAGAUGGAUACACACUCACCGGACAGCUGGGAUCCAGUUUGUUCUUCUGCAUGGAUAUUGAUGAGUGCCAGGAUGAGGCGUUGUACGAUUGCCAUAGCAACGCUACAUGCACCAAUGAGCCUGGUGCCUACCGUUGCAUGUGCUCAGAGAUGCAAGGUUACCGUGGCGAUGGGACAGUCUGCACUCCAUUUGAUCUGUGUGAGAGCGGACCUUGCUUGAAUCAAGGCCAGUGCACCUCAUCUGUAGGAAGUGGCAGCUAUGAGUGUGUGUGUACAGAGGAUUUCACAGGAGUCAACUGUGGCAUCAGAGUGGUACCUCAAGGUCCAAUCUCUGUCCUGAAGCACCCUGAGCCUAGCCUCAUCACAGCAUCGCUGUACUACACAGUCACGUUAGAGUGUCAGUUUGAGAAUGCCAACAGGUUUGCUUGGUACAAAAACGGAGCGAUGCUGCCCGGUACACGAGACGUAUCAUUUCUUACGAUCGCUGGAGUCACUUCGACUGACCGAGGGUACUACUGGUGUGAGGGGAGUGGCUUGCAGGGAGUUACACUACAGACAAAUGCUUCCUUGCUGCUGAUUGAUGGUGUGUUUGCCUUUACCACUGAGGCCAGGUUUCCAACAUUGACAUUUGUCGAUGAGUUGAGAAAUAAAAGCUCGCCAAUCUUUAAACAAAUAUCGGCUGAAAUAAUAACCUUUCUCUCGGAGGGUUUACAAUCUGAGGGGGUUCAAGCAAACAUUGCUGUCAAAGAGCUGAACAGUGGAAGUGUAGUGGCAACGACCGAAAUCCUAACCAUUGCCGGAGGGACAAACAGUGAUGACUCCGAGUUAUUGAGCAUUGUCCAGGAUGCCCUGGUUGGCAUAGCAACCGCCUCAGAUGGCUACAUGGAUCCAUCUUCUAUCAUACUUGAGAGCAGCGGUAGCUGUGUUGAGACUAGGUGGCCAACCAUCUAUGGCACCAUUACUCUCCCAGCUGUUCCUCUCGGUGAGGACACAGUAUCCAACUCGGAUCGUGUGUGCCCUGAUUAUACCAUCAAUAGUGGUCAGCCCAUAGCCUAUGCUGUUUGUGUUGGAGAUGGCUUCUCUCCGGCACAUUGGCUGGUUGAGUUGCAAUGCGGCCGAAACCUGACAGUUGAUGAAAAGCUGGCUCUCUUGAACAGGGUGGAAGUUAACGAUGAGAAUGUGAUGGUGGUGGCGUUGCAAGUCAUGGCCCUGACUGAAGAUGCCGAGAUGCUCACUGAUGCAGGGGUCGCAUCAACCGCCGACAUUAUGACGAAAAUUGCUAACUUAAACUCAUCUAGUUCACAGGUAACAGAGACCGUGGUAGACACUGUCGGCAACAUGAUGUUUAUCAGCGAUGAAGUCUUGCGAGAAGCCGAAGUCCGAGAGCACGCUCCAAGCAGAAUUGUCAGAGUAUUAGAGCGACAACUUGGCGAGGUCUCACUGGCAGGAAAUGUGUCGUUUCGGGAAGUCCACCCUAACAUUGCCGUGGAGGUCCGCGGAGUGACCGAAUCCACCCUCUUGAAUGGGUUGGGGUUUGCGUCUGCUAAUUCCUCGUCGUCGGGGUUAUUUGGAGAGUCCAGCCUGAUGGUGAUGGAAGGAGAAGACGAGCUGUUCCAAGGAGCUUCAGAGAGUGAGAUGCCUAGUGCUGUACUUAUGCUGCCUCCGGAAGUCAACAUCCUUGCAAGACGAGAAGUCGGCGGUGGCAUCCGCGUGAGUUUCUCCGUCUUCAGAAAACAGAAUCUCUUCCAGUCGCCAUCGCUGGCAGACUUUAACAAGGGAGAGGACCGAUUCAACCGGACCAUCAACACGCGUGUCAUGUCGGCCACCGUGGGAAGCCAACCAAUCACAAACCUGAAUGAGCCUGUAACGAUACUACUCAGCAGAAUUGACAAUGAUUCCUAUGUGGACAACACGAGUUGUGUGUUUUGGGAAUUUGACAAUGCAAGCUGGUCAAGCGAAGGGUGUCGUUUACGUGAAGAGUAUGUCACUGAUCAGUACAUCGCUUGUCAGUGUGAUCAUCUGACCAACUUUGCAGCUCUAAUGGACAUUUAUCCAGAGUCACCUUUGACCGAGACUCAGGAGUUCAUCCUCAAGUUGCUGAGUCUGGUUGGAUGCGGGAUGUCUAUCCUAGGACUGGCCGUUACCAUGGUUACCUACCUCAGUCACGAGAAACUUCGCAAGAUCCGUCCAAACCGCAUCCUGCUGAGUCUGUGCGCCUCUUUGCUGUGUCUGUACAUCACCUUUGUGGUUGCCACGGCUCUGGAUUCAGAGCGAGGCGUUGCCGAGUUGGAUGUGUUGCCGUGCUGCGUCCUGGCCGGCUUCCUGCAUUACUUCACGCUGACGUCGCUCUGUUGGAUGGGCGUGGAGGGCUUCAACAUGUAUCUGCUGUUUGUUAGAGUGGUCAAUGUGUACGUGCCGAAAUUCAUGCUGAAAGCAUUGCUGGUUGCUUGGGGAAUACCUGCAUUGAUUGUUGCAAUAACUGCUGGGGCUACCAGGGAGGAUUACGUUGGAACAGACUUUUGUUUCUUGAAGCAGAUUCCACUGAUAGCUGGUCUCCUAGCUCCAAUCAGCCUCAUCCUACUCUUCAACAUUGUCGUCUUUUCGCUGGUAAUCCAUCAAUUCAUCAAGACAUCCAACAACGACCUCCGAAGGAACAGGGACGAUAUAUCCAAACGGAAGCUGCACAAGCAGCGUCUGCAGAACGCCCUGACUGUCAUGACCCUGAUGGGGCUAACGUGGUCCAUCGGCUACCUGAAUCUCGUCCAAGCAAUAUCAUUCCCCGUCCAGCUAGUCUUCUGUCUGCUGAAUACGCUUCAAGGAUACUUUAUCUUCAUGUUUUAUGGUGUUCGUCGGGCCGAGGUCAGGCAGCAUUGGAGACGCUGCUGCGUCUUCCAAAGAGCAACUUUUUCUUCAGUGCGGACAUCCUCCCAGACCCAGAGCUGGACAAAUAAACCACAGGUACGGACGCCAUUCAAUCCUAACAUGAUCCCCAGACCUCCAUCACAGAUCUAUCGCCAUCGACCUGAUUCGAUGAUGCCCUCAAUGUAACAUUUAGAGUUUAAUUUGACCCAAGUUAUGGUUAAGAUUCCUCUCGCAUGUUCAGUGGCAACG